AUGAGUCAGUUUUGUACAGGGUUAACGCCGCUCCACAAGGCUGCAUUCCUCGGGCACACGAACGCUCUCGAGAAACUGCUCGAAAAUGGCGCCACGAUAGAUUGCACGGACAGCUUAGGCCGGUCUCCGUUGCACUACGCUACUCUUCAAAAGGACGUCGAGAGCGCCACCGUACUGUUGACAAACAAUGCGAAUACAAACGUUUACGAUGUCUUUGACGAAUGUCCAUUGUACACCUGCAUUUUGCGAAGGCGGUCCUAUUCUAUGAUCAAAUUGCUGUUGUCCUUCGGAGCAACGGUUUCGUCCGCGCCUCAUAAAAGUUCACUAGGAUUGCUGCUCGAGAUUGUUUUGUCCGCGCGAAGCAUAUCGGAUCUGUAUAUAUUGGACCUUCUGUUUCAAAACGGAGCAGAUUUAAAUACGACAGACAUCGGUUUGCGUACGCCGUUGCAUAUCGUUGCCAUGACGGGGAAUUUGAUGUUGGCUCUAUAUCUUGUCGAGGAAGGGGCUGAUUUGCAUCGGAAAAAUCGCAACGGUUAUACACCAUUGGAGGUGGCUAUAGCGUAUAAAAAUUUCGAGAUCAUCGAACUGAUCGAAUACUCGCUUUCGAAAAAAUCAGAAAUAAACUCGACGAGCAGUAAGACCACUCUUAUUAACGAAUAG